AAAUUUGUUUUUGUACCAAAAAGAAAGAGAGAGAGAGAGAGAGAGAGAGAGUGCGGUCUGGUGUAGACUACUAGAAAAGAAGAAGAAAAAUUGUGUAGAAACUUCUGGAAAUCAGUGGCUGCGAUUCGAUUAGGGUUAACGUUUUGCAGUAAAGGCGGAGGAGGAAGAUUUCGUUUACUUGGAUUCUUUUUAGAUGCGUGAAGAAUCUAGUUCUCUUCUGAUCCGAAUACACAGAAAUUGACUGUUAGUUUUUCUUUUCUUUUUUGGAGGGGGCAUUAACUUUCAACGAAGAACAUGACAUCAUAUAAAGAAAUUGUGUGUGGCCUCAAUGGUGGGUAGGUGAUUGUGGAGGAAUGUCAGAUUUGUGCAUGUAUGAGCUUGAAGAUAAUCUGUGGGAUGAAUUCAGUGUGAGUGAUGAUCACAUAGUACCUCAUCCUGGUCAUGAAUAUGGAGAUCGCUUUGUAGCUCAGGGCAUCAAGCAAAAGAAACCUGAAAGUAAGAUAAUUAAUGUUGCGAAUAAUGAAGAUGAUUCGCUUACCUAUAGCACUCAGGAAGAGGAGGAAGCUAGCUUACCUACUCUGGUAAAGAAGGAUACAAUGUUAGAAAAGGAUUCGUGGUCUAACACACCUGAUGGUGUGUUUCCUACCUCACGAGAUAGUGGCGCAGUCAAAGAUUUUAUAACAAUAAGAUCUGAAGAAACAAGCAUGUCCAGUCAUUGUUUAAAAAAUGGGAAUAUUGAUUCAGUUGGCAGUGAGUUCUGUGCCAGUGAUCCUACAUCAGAUGAAAAGUGUUCCGCAGUUGAUAAUAACCUGUAUAGUUAUCCACUCAGUCACAUUUCAAAGACAGACAAUGAUCUCAGCUUCUUUGAUAAUGACCGUGAAGACAAAGAAAGCAGUGAUCCCUUAUAUUACGGGUGGCCUGAUGAUAUAGGAAAUUUUGAGGAUGUUGAUAGGAUGUUUAGAAGUUGUGAUUCAACAUUUGGGUUGGGGAGUCUGAGCAAUGAAGAUGACUUGUGCUGGUUUUCAUCUUCUGAUUUCACUGAAAGAUCUGAUGAUGCGUUGAAUCUGGGUUCCAAGUUCUUAAAUUCUGAGGCAAGUGCAUUGGAUAGUGUAUCAGAACAUCCUGAAGCUUCACAACUAAGCAGUGAUGACCCUUCAGUCUAUGAUUCCAACAAGAAAAGCAUUUUCACAGAUGACAAAAUAAGCUCCAGGACUUCCAGUGCUGUUGACCAUUCUUCUCUUGGUUACUUAACAUUUCUGAAUGGGUCAGAGACAAAAUCUGCAAGUAUGGAUGACUUGGUACUCAAGGAAAAGAUGAAUUGGAACAAAAGGCAGGCAAGGCACAACAACCGAUUUGAAGGAAGGAGAAAAGACAGUGAUAUUGAAAAUGGUUCUUUUCCUCUCAACGUUAACAUGAAGCAUUUCGCAGAUACAAAGCAUUCAUCUGGAGACUCAUCCCAUCAAGUUUUACCUCUUCUAGGCAUCCAGCAGCAUAAACAAAUAAUAGGAUCCAAUUCCUUAAAUUACAUGCAGACACAUAUUCCAUUGAUACACAUCGACUACAGUCAUUCUUCAGAUCAAAUUUCGACCUGUCCAACUCAAUCUAGUGUUAAAUCUGAAAACAAUGGCUACCCAUCUCCUUCUCCAAAGGAGUCUUCCCAUGCAUCAAAUCAUGUACGGUCCAUUGAGAGUGCUAAUGGUCCUGACUUUGAGGCUCCUGCUAUAACAACAAAUGAGAAUGAGGAAAAUCUGUAUCAUUGCCAGGAACCAUCAUCUGGUAGGAAUCUCAAACCUGCAAACAUGGUAGGCCCAGCAGAAUUUUAUGGUCCAGUUUCAGCUAAGAAGGUAGCCUGUCAGUCUGAAUAUGAUAUCAAAGGAGUUGGCACAGGGAUUCCAGCAGAACUAGACACUUCAAAUGCACAGGAGAGCUCUUGCAUGAGUUCUGUGUUGGAUGGAAUUUCACUAGAAGCAACUAGUUUUCGCCAACUUCAACAAGUCAUGGAACAGUUGGAUAUUAGGACAAAACUAUGUAUAAGGGAUAGCCUGUAUCGCUUAGCUAGAAGCGCUGAGCAAAGGCAUAAUCAUAGGAAUGGAAGUGGUGGCAAGAGAGAUGGCGGAGACAGAAGUGGGGAAUUGAUGGCUGAAGAAGCUGACAAGACCGGAUUAAUGGAUAUGGAAACUGAUACCAAUCCAAUAGAUCGAUCAAUAGCGCAUUUGCUGUUUCACAGGCCAUCAGACCCAUCUUUGAUGCCUGCUAUUGAUGCCUCGUCUCUCAAGUCUCACACCAUGAUUAGCAGCUUGCCGGUGAUGACCAAGGAACAUUGGCAGGAGGAAACUGCCACUGGUGCGGAUGGAAGUCUGUUGAUGAGUAAUGACAAACAGUAAGUUAGCAUUAACACAAGUGCAUUCAUAGUAAAAGGUGUUCUAUUUUCAAAUCACCACAGUUCUUCAUGUGUAAUAACAUUGGUUGAGGCACUGCCGGACAUACUUCUUAAGGUUUGGUUCCGUGUUUUAGAUCUGAUAAUUUCUCUGAUGUAUAAUGUAAUUUUUGUUGAUGUUUGUCACUGUAGCAGUUAUCAUGACAAGGUACAUAUUUGCUGA